AUGGACGGUUCACGGUUUUUGGAUCGUGCGUGGUCGUUGUUAGAUGGCGAGAAACGCGGUUAUAUAUAUGCAAACGAUAUUCCUAACUUGAUAGGGUUUAUCAGCAAUGAGUUGCCAUCUAAACUAACGACAUCAUCGAAUGAUAAAGUAAUAGAGUCUUGGAUAAGCAGUGAUCCUAUGAAAAGGGUCACAAAGGAAGAGUUCAAACAAGUGUUUUCGAUGCUUGUUGGAACAUCCUUCGAUGCCGCCAUUGAAAUGGCUAAAGAAUCUGAAGUUUUCACACCAAAUAGACGUGGGAGUGGAUUGUUUGGGAGUUAUAGGAGGUCAUCAAAUGAUUCUUUGCCGGAUACUGCGGAACAGCUUCAAAGUUUGAAAAGAGAACUGCAAGAAUGGAAGGAUAAAUAUGGGUUCUUGGAACGAGAGUUCCAAUUCUUUUUGGCUCAAGAGAAGAAGAAUGCGAAAGUAAUAGAUAAUACCAAGCACGAGUUCAUAAUUGGAGAAUUGAACAGGAAACUUGCGGAACAAGAUGAGGCCAUACGUGAUCUAAAACAACAGCUUGAUUAUGGGUUAGUUGCUAAACCUAUAAAAAAAUGGAUAAAUACCAAGUUUCUAAUAACAGCUUUUCUGCACCUACUACCGAAAGCUUUAUUUCUUUUUGUUAUUGUAGUACUGGGUUGCUACGUUAUACCACUAAUAAGCCUUACAAAACGUCCAGUAGCUGUACCGGCGUCGCCCUUCAUGAGACAAGAGUCUUGGUGGGAAAGAAGUAGCAUGCUAAGCAGAAUUCAAUGGUAUUUCAAAGAUAGGAUGGAAAAUAAUAUCGAACGUAAUACGUCAGAGUUGAUGCAGAACUAUAACUCCGUGUUUGGCAUAAGUUAA